AUGUAUAAUAGUCAAAUUGAGCAAAGCUAGUUUUCUGAGGCAAUUCAGAAGCUCGAGCUAUUUAUUAGUUGCAGAUAAUUAGAUGAUCUAGACACAGUUAGUGUUAGUGACCCUUAUGUAAUUAUGUAUCAAAAAAACAACAAUUAUUGGACUAAAAUUGGACAAACAGAAUUGAUUUGGAACAAUUUAAAUCCAAAUUUUGCGACCUCUAUAUAAUUGGAGUACCAUUUUGAAGUUUAACAACAUUUAAAAAUGGAAGUUCACCAUUACAUUAGUCCAACCCAAUCAAAAAUAAUUGGUAUUGCAGAAACAACAGUGGCUGAAAUAGCUGGUUCUAAGGAUCAAAUAUAUAUGGGUGAUUUAGUUAAUAUUUCUGGAAAGAAAAGUGGAAAAAUUAUUGUAAAAGCAGACUAAGUUAAAUAAUGUAAUGAUGAGAUCAUCCUUACUUUAUCUGGUUAGAGCUUACCUGAAACAAGAUUUUGGUUUUGGCAUGGGACAUGUCCAUUUUUAAGAUUUUAUAGAUUAAGGAAGGAUGAUAAUAAUCCAGUUUUGGUUUAUGAAACAGAAUUUGCCAAAGACACAACAUCUCCACUUUGGAAAUAAAUAAGUUGCAAAGCAUAAAAAUUAUGCAAUGGCGAUUAUCAAAUGCCAAUCAAAGUUGAAUUAUGGGAUUAUAGAAGUUCUGGUAAGCAUAAUUAUUUAGGGGAAACAACAUUUUGUGUAGAAGAAUUAAAGGAACAUAGUACAUAGAAUAAAAUAUUGAAAAAGGAGUUUAAAAACAAAAUGAAAAAGAAUGAAUCUUCAGGCGUUUUAUCAUUCAAUAAAUUUUAAUUAAGAACUCGAUAUACAUUUUUAGAUUAUUGUGCUGGGGGAUAAUAAUUAAACUUGAUAGUUGCUAUUGAUUUUACAGCCUCAAAUGGUAAUCCAAAUGAUCCAAAGUCACUUCAUUACAUGACCUAAAAUGGUGCUCCUAGUCAAUAUUUACAAGCUAUUAUCAGUGUUGUGGAGAUUCUAAUCAAUUAUGAUCAUGAUAAGAAGGUUCCUGUUUAUGGCUUUGGAUGCAAACCAAGAAUGAAUUUGAUUAACACCAAUCAAACCCUUCAUUUAUUCCCACUGAAUGAUAAUCCUGAGGAUCCAGAAGUAUAUGGUUUAGAUGGAAUAGUAUAAUGUUAUAGAUCCUCACUGCAUCAUUUAUCAUUUGAUGGUCCCACUUACUUACAUCCAAUCUUAAAAAAUGCUAUGGAUAUGGCUUAGCAGUGCAAAGAUUAAGGUAGUGAAAAUUAUUUGAUUUUGAUGAUCCUUACUGAUGGACAAACAAAUGACAUGCAAGCAUCUAUAGAUGAUAUAAUUGCUUCCUCAAAUUUACCAUUAUCAGUCAUUAUCAUUGGUAUUGGAGAUGCCAAUUUUAAGAACAUGUCAAUUUUAGAUAAUGAUGAUAAAAGUAUGGUUGAUAGCAAAGGAAACAAAGCAGUUAGAGACCUAGUUUAAUUUGUUCCGUUCAAUGAAUUUAAAAAUGAUCCAGCUCUCUUAUCUAAAGAAGUCUUGGCUGAACUACCAGAUUAAUUAGUAGAAUACAUGGAAUUAAUGGGAAUACCCCCUAAGCCACCUAAGAAUAUUCAAGCUAAUUAAUAUUAGAUUCCGAUCAAUAAUGCUCCUUAAUAGAAUAUCGGAGUCCCAUAGAAUCCUCAAUAUAAUGUAUAUCCUAAAAAUUAAUAAUUUUAAACUGAUUAAGAAAGUCAAUAAUAUAAUUCUUAAUAGUAAAUUUAUUAGCAGUACUAGCAAUAACAAUAUCCAUAAUAACCUCAAUAGUUUAUGCCACCUUAAUAAUACCCUCCCUAAUAAUAACAGUACUCUCAACAAUAAGUAUAUCCUCCUUAAUAAAUAUACCCUCCUUAAUAAUAUCCGUCAUAAUAGAAUUUUCAAUAUUAACAAUAGUAGGCCCCAUAAACAGGUAUAGCUACGAAAUCUUUGGGUUAGGGCUUAGCAUAGUAGGGAUUCUUAAAGGGAUUUGUUUAGCAAGCUAAUUAAUAAUUCAACUAUCCAUCAUAGUGA